AUGAUCUCCAGAAAGGCCAGUUUGGUGGUAGCCUUCGCUCUGGCCUGUGCGACCGUUGCUCAGGCGCACGCCAAUCCCUACUCUCCCGGUCUCGAUCAGGAUCAUCACGGUGCGGACCCGCACAGCUCUGCCGAGUAUGCACCCAUUCCUCUCGUCGAGUUCCCCUCCAACGACAUCCCGGACCCUUGGACGACCAAGUAUUCCGGGGUCGGCAAGCCCGCAUACUCUGGUGUCAACACCUAUGCCCACCUGCCUACGGUCAAAUGCCUCGACGAUCCCAACCAGCUCUUCGACGUAGCCGUUCUCGGUAUCCCCUACGACCUCACCGUAACGUAUCGACCAGGUGCCAGGUUCGGACCCAAUGCGAUCCGUCAAGCCAGCAGGAGGCAGAGAGCCGGCAGAACGUUCUCGAUGCAUCAUGGCCAAGACCCGUACAACUCAGGCUUGCGUUUCCUCGACUGCGACGACAUCCCAGCCUCUGGCUACGACCCCGCACUGGCGAUUGAUCAGAUCGAAGCUGGGUAUUCUUCCCUCUUGCAACGUCGAGCAGCAUCCGACCCAUCGCUCGGUACCGUCGCGACUCCACCCAGCUCGGUCGUCUCGCCCGAAUCAUGGCGAGCGUUCGACAACGCUGGUCUGGCAAGGGAUGGCAAAUCGCAUCCCAAGAUCGUCUCUAUGGGUGGAGAUCACACCAUCGUGCUGCCCAUCCUUCGUUCGCUCUACCGCGUCUACGGGCCAAUUGCAGUGAUCCACUUCGACGCGCACCUCGACACCUGGCCACCCGAAGUCUCCCCCGCCGGCUCACCCACGCGUCAACACCAGAUUCAACACGGCACGUUCUUCUGGCAAGCCGCGCUGGAAGGACUCAUCGCACGCAACCAGUCCAUCCACGCCGGUAUCCGCACUCGACUCGGCUCCUACGACGAUAUUCAACACGACGCAUCCAUCGGUUUCGACAUCAUCACCUCCGACGACAUCGACGACUUGGGCAUCCCGACGAUCAUUCAGAACAUUCGAUCCAGGGUUGGAACCAUGCCGGUGUAUCUCAGCAUCGAUAUCGACACUCUCGAUCCAGGUUUUGCUCCGGGCACGGGUACACUCGAAUCGGCAGGAUGGAGUCCCAGGGAGUUGAGGAGGAUUUUGAGAGGGCUGGAAGGACUGAAUUUUGUUGGAUUCGAUAUGGUCGAGGUCAGCCCGGCGUACGAUCAGGCCGAGAUCACGGCGUAUGCGGCGAGUGAUCUGGUCUACGAGUUCAUGAAUCUGCUGAUCAAAGGCAACGAUAUGCAGGAUAAGGGAAAGGUCGCCGAGCCGAAGAGCAAAGGUAGAAGCAAGAAGGCCAGGGGCGUUGUUGGGUCGCUGUUCAAGCAUGGAGAUGAGCUGUAG